AUGUCGAUUCGAUAUCCUGGACAAGCACGAACACCAGCGGAAGCGCUAAGUAAUUUGCAGAAGUUAAUACAUCAAGCCACUGACGAGCUUACUACUGAACAGCCUACUACUGAAGAGCCAACAACAGUCCCAACUAAAGCGAUGUCAAUUCGAUAUCCUGGCCAAGCACGAACAACGGCGGAAGCGCUGAAUAAUUUGCAAAAUUCAAUAGAUCAAGCAUUAACUGAAAUGUUAUGCAAUGUUGGAUUGAAUCCGACCAUAACUUAUAACAUACAAGGUUAUAAGCCAGAUGAUGUGAUCAUUAGAACAGAGAUAUCCGAUAAACAAGUAUGGCGUCGUAAUGUAGGCGAAUAUGUUGCCAAGGAUAACAUCGUUAUCGCAUUUGUUAAUGGUAGCAGAUAUGAUAAGGAACUAUCGAUCAAAUUGCACAAUAUUGAAUUCUCCUUGCCGCAUAGCUUUUGGAAGGAUGCUGGAGCGGUGUUUGCAAAAUAUUUGAAAAGAUUGACAAAUGUUUUAAUUUAUAAAAUGUCUGUUGAAAUUUAA